AUAGAAACAGGGCAUUGUAAGCCUAAGAAGUUUGCAGGAACGCGCUAGUACACCACCACUGGGGCCACCACUUUCGUGUAGCCGUGGCUGCCCAACAUUGCAGCUUAAAUGUUUUGAAAAGCCUCAAGUACGCAGGGUGUUCUGUUGAGGAGUCGUGUGCCGGAGCGACCGCCGCUGCGGAGGCGCAAAUGGACGUUUUCAACUCCGGCUUCCAACACACAGCUGGAAACCUGCAGCAGCAGCUGCAGCAACAGCAGCAGCCCCAGCAGUGGAGCGGCCAGCAGUUUCAAUGGGACAGCCAGCGACUGACCGCCUACCCUCUGGGCAGCGGUAGUCCAUCUGGCUCUAGCCCAUCUGAAGGCCACGGCGACAGCUCAAGUGGACACCGCGAGCAGAGCCUGGGCCCUGUGCCCAUGGGAUGGCCUCAAGGCUCCCUGCCUGGCUCGGGCGGGAGGGAGCAAAGGGCACGGUUAAAAGGGCCACUAGUUUGUCAGGUGGAGGGUUGCGGGCACGACCUUACGACUGAGAAGAGCUACUACCAGCGCUACCGGGUCUGCGAGCCACACCUGAAGCUACUCAGCCUCAUGGUGGACGGCAAGCCCUGCCGCUUCUGCCAGCAAUGCGGCCGCUUCCACGAGCUAAAUGAGUUUGACGGCAACAAACGGAGCUGUCGUGCGCGGCUGAUCCAGCACAACGCCCGGCGGCGCAAACGUGACCCGCUUGACACGAGUGGCAAUGCCAGCAGCGGCCGGCGGCAGCAGCGGCGUAUGGUGCUGGCGCUGCCGAACAGCGACAGCAGCGGCGACGCGAUGCACGGCGGCGUCGGCGCAGGCGGCGCCGGAGCCGGGGGCGGCAACGGCAGCGGCGACCUGAGCAACAGCGGCAUGCCGUUGGCUCCUGGACUGGGUGGCCUGGACCAGGGACACGAGCGGCUUGGCGGCAUACGGAUCAACGCCAACUUCCUGCCGCAGGCCCACGGCACCGCCGGUGUGCUAGGCGGCGGCGGCGGUGUGCUGGGCGGCGGCGGCGGCAGCGCCGGCGGCGGCUGGCCACAGCAGCAGCGGCCGCUGGGGCCGCUGCCAAUGGGCCUUCCCGGCAGCCAUAGCAUGCUUGGCGAAGCGCACCAGCCGCUGCAGCCGCUGCGGCUGCGAGCCCUGGACCAUGACUUGGGUGGCAUUAUGGGCGGCGGCGUGGGCAUGGCGGACGGCGGGGCGAACGGCGGAAAUCCGGGGCCUUUCACGGCCAUGCUACAGGCCGACGGCGCCGGCGGCCUGCUGCAUCCCAACGACCAGCUGCCGCCGCUGCAGUCACAGAAUGCAAGGCAGCAGCAGGGCGCCUUCGAGUCGCUGGCACUGCCGCUUCUGGCGCCGCGGCAGCAGGGGAGCUAUCAGCCCAUGUCGACAGGGCACUCCGGGGGCCCCGUGCCGUCACCGCCGCUAGAGCAGCAGCCGCCGCACCCACACCAGCACCCGCAGCACCUGCAGCACCCGCAGCAGUACCCCCGGCCGCACCCGCAGCAGCACUCUCAGCAGCACCCGCAACAGCAGCAGCACCAGCAGCACCAUGCAGGUCAACCGGGCCCACGCAGCGGCCCACAGACAUCGGGUCACCUGUCGCACCAGCAGCAGCACCAGCCGCAGUACCCGCAACAGCAGCGGCAACUGCAGCCCGGUGGCGGCCCAGGCGUCAGUGGCCUGCCGUACUCGCAGGGGCCGUCGUACCCGGGCUCGCGCUCGCAAGCGUCAAAUGAUGGCGUGCGCUCUUUCGCUGACGUGCCAGACUUCCUAGCUGGCGGCGCGGGCCCCGGCUACCAGCAGCAGCACCCGCACCAGCAACCGUACCAUAAUGGCCCUGGCGGCGGCGCGCCUAUGGGCGGCGCCGGCGGCCCUGGCGGCCCCGGAGGUGGCCCCUUUGACGAGUAUGUCAUCGAUGCGCUGCUGGGCACUGACAACGGCUGCGGCGGCGAGGUGCAUGUUGACGAUCCGCGAAUGCCGCUCGCCAACUUUGCCGAUGUGCGCAACAGCUUCACGCGCAGGGCCGGCGUCGAGGCCGCCGCCGCCGGCGACGGGGGCAUGGGUGCCGCCAUGCUGCCGCCGAGCGGUGGCAGCCACGGCCAUGGCCAUUACCACAUGCGCACCAGCAGCACCAGCGGCGCCGCAUCGGUGGGCGCAGCGCCGGCGGCGUCCAUGCACGGCGGCGGUCAAUCGCUCUCGGACAGCCAGGCGCCGCUGCCGCAGUCAUACUCGCAGCAGCGCGGCAGCCCCAACACCAACUCGCAGCUGCACUUGCAGCAGCAGCAGCAGCACAUGCAGAGCGGCGGCAGUGGCGGCCCGCCGUACCACAUCCAAGGCUACCACGACCCCUACAACCCCACCUUCCAGGGGCCUAGGCGCAGCGGCGGCGUUGGCGCCGUACACGGCCACGGCCAUGGCAGUGCACAGCUGACGGCGAGCGCUGCCGACUGCGGCGUCACUGGGGGCGGCUUCACGAACGCCAGCACUCUGUCGCUCGCCAGCAACAGCAGCGCCUGGGCGCCCUUCGAUUCCAACACCAACAACCAUGUCGUCAGCGGCGCUGCAAUGGCCGGCGGCUCGGGUGUGCUCCCGGGCGGCAGCGGCCCGCUGCACAGCGGCGUGUGCGGACCGGCCAGCGGCGCGCUGGGCUACAACAACAACCCCGGCCCCAGCGGCGCCGGCGGAUACGGCGCCGGCGGGCACGGCCACAGCAGUGGUGGCGGCGGCGGCAGCUUCGAGGCGGCGCGGCGGCUGGUUUCGGAGGGUGGCGCGGCGGCGGCGUUCGUCGUGCCCCCAGACAUGCUGGCACGCGUGAGCAUGAAGAUCGCCAACUGCACGCCCCAGGACUUGCCGCCCGACCUGUACGACCGCCUCUGCAACCUGCUGCGCACCGCCGACGCCAGCCUGGUCCAGGGCUUCCUGCGCCCCGGCUGCACCCACCUGGUGCUGGACGUGCUCGUGAGGCCCACCGCCGCCUCGGGCCCCGACGGCGCCGCCGCCGCCGACGCGGACGCCACUAGCACGGCGGCACUGGAUCCGGUGGCGCUUCGCGACGCGCUGGGGCCGGAGCUGCUGGCGCACAGCGCGGUGCUGGUGCAGACGGAGGAGGAGGUGUGUCUGUGGCCGGCCGCCGCGCCGCCCGGCUGCGAGCCGCCGAACCUGGGCUCCGUGUCUGAGUUGCAGGCCGCCGGGGAGCUGCCCGUGCUGGACGCCGUUAGCGCGGCGGCGCACGUACCUCCCUAUGCGGACGCUGCUGCUGCCUCAAGCACGGGCACGGGCGCCGGCACCGACACCAGCGCCGGCACGGUCCUGGUGGCGUACGGGCGCAACCUGGCGGCGGAGGGUGUACACCUGUUUGCGCGCUGUCAGGGCGGCUACCUGCCGCUCACCGUCACGCCGCUGGUCGUCGGCGGCCAAGUGAGCCGCGAGGUCGGCAGCAGCCCACAGCUGGCGGCAGCGGCUGCCGCCGCCAGCCGCAGCUUGGCGGCGCUGGCGCGCGCCGGGCGCCCGGCGACGGACGCCUUGCUGGUCACCGUGCGGGAGGCGCCGGGCACGGGGCUGCUGCUGCUGGAGGCUCAGGCGGGGCCGCUGCUGAGCAACUGGCGGCCCUGCCUGCUCUCCACCGACGCAACCAUCGCCGCAGAGCUGAGCGAGGCCGGCUGCAGGGCGCUGCGCCACGGCGCCAACGCGCUGGCAAACCUCGAGGCCUUCGUCACCGACUUGGGUCGGCUGCUGGACCUGCGAAGCUACGUCUACGAGCCGCCAACAGCCGCGGCUGGCGGCAGCGAGGACGCGGACGGUUACGAGGGCGAGGACGACUGCAGCGCGGCUGGCGGCAGCAGCGCCCACACCGGCUCCUGCACCGCUGCGACCGCCAGCACCGGCACCGGCACCGGCGCGUCCUGCGCCACUAGCGCCUAUGGCGCGGCGCCGGUCAGUGUGCUGGACCUGGUCUGCUUGUGUGAGCGGCUGGUGGGCUGGUCGACGGACGCGGGGCUGGCGGCGAUCAGCACCUUCCUGGUGUCGGCGCUGCGCUCCGACUACCGGCAAGACAUGCAGUCGGUGUUGGAGGCGCCCUACAACGACGGCAGCUCGGUGGUCGUGCGCUGCCUGCGGUCGGGCAGCGCCGCCACCGUGCGGGCGAUGCUGGGCUGGGCGGCCGCCAGCGGCGUCUCCAUCAAUUGGAGCGCGCCGGCGGCGCCCGGCGCCGGCGCGGCCGCCGGGCUGAGCCCCCUGCACGUGGCGGCGGUGGUGCCGGCCACGUGGCGGCUGCUGGCGGAGCUACCGGAAGCCAAGAAGCUGUGGGCGGCGGCGCGGGCGCGCCGCGACGGCGCGACGCCGCUGCACCUGCAGCGCAUGAUGCUGGCCACGCUGCCGCCUGACCAGAUACGAGCGCUGUCGGAGGCCUUCGCGGCCCCGCGCGCCGCGGCCCCCGUGCCCGCCGCCAGCGCGGCCGGCGCCGCUCCCGCGUCGGUCGCCGCGGUCGCCGCGGAGCCGGCUGCUGGUGCCGCUGCUCACGUGGCGGCGACGCCCGAUCCGCGCCGGUCAUUGACGUCGUCGCCCAAGACCAGCCUUCGCUCGCGCAUGGCACCCGAGGUGACGCCCGUCGCGCCCACGCCCUCCACCUCCUGCUCCUGCUCUGGCGCUGCCCCCGCUACGCCCUACUCCUCUUCCGCAGCCGCAGCCGCCGCAGGCGGCGGCAGCGCUGGCUCCGGCGCGGUGGUGUACCCACCCGUGGUUCCCUUCGUGGCGGCCCUGGCGCUCAUUGCGCUGGCAGCCCUUGCCAGCUCUUCGGAGGCCAGCUACGUCGCCGCCGCCGCCGUCGCCGCCGCCCUGUGCUACAGCCUGCACACGCUGCGCGCGCUGAGCCGCGCGCCCAGCCACCGCGCCUUCGUGUCCAGCCUGGGCAGCCGCCUGCUGCCGCACUUUGCGCACCCGCACCUGGAGACCGAGUACGCCGAGCACCGCCGCGCCUCGCUGGCGCCACUGGAUAUGGCCGGCGUAAGCGCCGUGCUGCUGGUGUGCUGCGGCUCGGCGCUGGGCUCCGGCGGCGGCGCAGCGCAGAACCUGGUGGCUGCAGUCAACGUGACGCUCACGCUGCUGCCGCUGCUGGUGCUGCAAGCCGCCCCCAAGCCCUUCUACGCGCGCAACCGCUGCCUGCUGCUGGUGGGGCCCUACGUGGCGCUGUUUAACGUGGUCUGCGGCGUGUCGCAAGCCAGCUGCAGCAGUCCCGUGGCAUUGUACGGCGCGAGUCUGGCGCUGGCGUCGCUGCUGCUGCCCGUCAACACGGCGGCGAUGCUGUUAAUCAUGGCGUACACGGCCAUGCACGGCGUGCGCGGCGUGCUGCGGCGCGGGCUGGGCUGGCCGCCGUCAGAGGCGUGCGCCUCGGCGCAGAUGGCGGUGGUGGCGGCGGUGGCGAUGGUCGUGUACGCGCGCGAGCUGGCGGUGCGGCAGGCGUGGGUGGUACGUGCUGCGGCGCAGCGCAAGGUGCGAGCAAACAAGCAGGCCUGAGCCGGCGGGCGCUAGCGAAGCUGUUCGCGCGCGUGAACGAAGCUCGUGGGUCCUCUCUAUGUCAACGUUCUUUCAAAGGCUUCGCAACGAACGACUUUCAAGACGUGGGAGUGGAUGGCACGUUUUACACAAAGGAAAUGGUGAAAAGGUUGUUUCGGGCAGCACCAGCGCGUGUGUGCAGGUGUGUCCGUUCCUGAAUCCUGCGACCUUGAAUGGCAUGGACUGACACAAGAUUAGCGUUGUUUGAAUGCACUGCAAAGUGCGUUCACGUGAUCCUGCAAUUUCAUCGUGUGCGUUGAUGUAGUCAAAGCGAGCCACGUGGGGCUCAGUAGCGUGUUACAGGGAACGGGGGAAUGGAAUACACAUGACCACGGUGUGUGUCUUGAUUCAAACAAAGCGAGGGACGGGGAACUGGCGGUAUUCUUGAGUGUGCGUGCGCGUAUGGCCCAGUUGGCACCUGUCUAUCGCGGCGGCGCGGCCCUGGGUGCCCAUAAGACCCACACCGUGCACGUAACAUCAAAGCAACGGCGCGCCAAGGUGCGCACGACGUCUCUGCGCACAUGCAUUUGUGGGUGCGGCGUGGACGCGUGCUGUUGCCCUGGAAGGUGGGGCCUAAGCGUGGUCAUAUUAGCAUGGCUUGUUGCCAGGAAGAGUUACGUGCAGGGCAUUCCGCCCGUGUGAAUGCCGCCUGUUACCUUCACACGUCGCGUUGCAAUGCAGGCUGCCUUUGCGGAACUCGUUGACGCACCAAUGGUGCAGACUAUGAUGCAAAGGCGAGCUUUCAUGGCGCAUCCCGAUUGAAUACAUCACCAAUGCAAGUGGCAUGGAUGUACGGUAUUGCCUGCAGACUGGGUAUGUUCGGGCAGUCGUGUUCUUGUGUACCUUAUACGUGCCUGUUAACUUUCCUACCUUGCAUGUUUAGAGCCGGUACACGGCCCAUCACAAUAAAGGUAGAGAUCAAGUAGUCAUGCUGCAGACAACUAUUGAGGAGGCGUUGCCAUGUGCACAUGUACGGUGGAUGUUGAUGGGGGCUUACCUACGAAACCUGACGGUGGAAAGGCGCAGGACGGUUGGGAUGAGCCGCGGGCUGCGACUGUCCGCGUGUUUCACAUGGUGCCCCGCCUGCCCGGACGGACGGACUCAGCACGCCAGGGAUGCACCCACGAAUGCACCCCUUGUGACAAGCUCGCAUGAGGUGCAGGGUGCUGCGGUCCGUUACGAGGUUGCGGCGGCGGUUGGGGCGGUUGCUGGAGAGCUGUCGAAGGUUGGUUGGAGGCGGAUGGAGGCUGGCUGUUGAUCCAGCCAGGUGCAACACGGGCAGUCGGACGUUUCUGUAACUGGCAUACAGU